AUGCAUGUCUUGGAAUGUUUCCUCCUAUUGCUGUCUCUCUUCAUCCUCUCACCUUCUGAUGCUUUUUCCAGCGAUGAAGCUUCUUUCAUUGCACGUCGCCAAUUGUUAACCCUUGAGGAGAACGCUGAUUUACCCGACGAUUGGGUGGAUAAUUACCAAAUUAACCUAACCUUCGAUAAUCCUAGGCUCAAGAGUGCCUACAUUGCCCUUGAAGCAUGGAAGCAUGCUAUCUAUUCUGACCCAUCAAACUUCACAUCUAAUUGGGUGGGCCCUGAUGUUUGCUCUUAUAAUGGAGUUUAUUGUGCUCCAGCGCUUGAUGACCCUUCGAUUCAAGUUGUGGCUGGCAUUGAUCUUAACCAUGCAGAUAUUGCAGGCUACAUCCCUUCAGAGAUUGGGUUGUUAACUGAUCUUGCACUUUUGCACAUAAACUCUAACAGGUUUUGUGGCAUUCUCCCAAAAAGCUUCUCCAAGUUAAAGCUCUUGUAUGAGAUUGAUAUCAGCAACAACCGUUUUGUGGGUCCAUUUCCAAAUCCUGUUCUCUCUAUAUCUUCUCUUCAUUACCUUGAUCUUAGGUUUAACGACUUCGAAGGCGAGGUUCCAUCGGAGCUUUUCAAUAUUACAUUAGAUGCAAUCUUCUUGAACAACAAUAGGUUCACAUCUGCGAUUCCGGAGAGCAUUGGAAGCUCUCUGGCCUCUGUGAUUGUAUUGGCCAACAACCACUUUCAGGGAUGCAUUCCUGCAAGUAUUGGUUCGAUGGACAAUACAUUGAAUGAGUUUGUUGUGACGAACAACAAGCUUACGGGGUGCUUGCCCCCGGAGAUUGGAAAGCUUAGCCACAUGGAGGUGUUUGACAUUAGUGAGAACAACUUGGUUGGUGUGUUGCCAAGGACAUUGAUGGGAUUAAAGGAAGUGACAGUGUUGUCGAUUGCAGACAACAAGCUUACCGGUUUUGUGCCAAAAAGCAUAUGUGAGUUGGAGAACUUGAAGAACUUCACGUUCUCGAACAACUACUUCAACGGUGAGGAAGAGGGUUGUAACCCUAAAACAAGAAAGGGGAUCAAGUUGGAUGAUCAAAAGAAUUGCAUACCAGAAAGGCCAAAACAGAGGGAUGGAAGCGCUUGUAAUGCUGUCAUAAGCAAGCCUGUUGAUUGUAGCAAGGCACAGUGUGAGAAACCAAUGCCAAUAACACCAUCACCAAAUAAUCCUUCUAAACCUUCAAAAGAGAAACCAACUCCAACGCCUUCCUCACAUAAUAACAAGAAACCACAACCUACACCUUCUCCAAAUGAAAAGAAAACACCGUCGUCGCCAAAGCCAACUCCUUCUCCAACUAGGAAGCCAACAUCAACACCACAGACUCCAACACCGUCAAAUCCAAAACCACCUAAAGCACCUAAGCAUGAUGAUGAUUAUGAUGAUCAUUAUGAAGAACCUAAAGAACGAAAUAGGCCUCCAAAAUCUCCACCUCCAUCUCCAGCUCCAGUAGUACAUUCUCCUCCUCCUCCACCAGUCUACUCUCCACCACCUCCACCAGUCCAUUCUCUACCACCACCUCCAGUUCACUCCCCACCACCACCCAUCAACUCUCCACCACCACCUAUCUACUCUCCUCCUCCACCAGUUCUCUCCUCGCCACUGCCUAUCUACUCUCCUCCACCAGUAGUGCAAUCCCCACCACCACCCAUUUAUUCUCCUCCUCCACCAGUUUUAUCCCCACCACUCCCACCACCAAUCUACUCUCCUCCACCACCCGUUAACUUUCCUCCUCCACCGGUAUAUUCUCCCCCACCACCAAUCUACUCUCCUCCACCAUCCACCUACUCUCCUCCUCCUCCUGUUGUUUAUGCACCACCACCCCAAGAAGAUGAUAUCGUUAUUCCACAUGACUUUGGUUCUUCAUAUGCUUCUCCUCCGCCACCAAUUAUUUCUGGCUACUAA